AUGACUCCAACUUUGCUAGAACUUCUCGCCGUUGCGAGGGAAGAUGAUCAGGCAUCUCUGUCUCCGGGGCCUGCAAAGGCGAGCGUUACCUCCGACACCGGAACUCCUACGUAUCUCGAAGAUUUGCCGGGAAGUUCGAAUGCCUGGUCGGAAAAUGAAAAAUCGGAAUCAGAGUCACCGAAUGGAGAGAAUGAGCUCGCGGAAUCGUUGCUCACACUUUCGGUCAGUUCAAUCUCUGAAGCUGAGCCACCAAAAUCUCUUUUGGCAACUGAAAAGGAGUCAACAUCGCCUGAGGAAGAGUUAGAUUCUCUGGAAAAAGAAGGUCCCAAAUUGUCCGAAUAUAUAGUCAUUAGUCCAUCUUUGGAUUCGAUGGAGAAAGAAACUUCGAAAUCCGAUGAGAAAUCUCUAAUUUCUGAUUCGGAGAAAUUAAAACCGAGAUCAUCGGAUUCUUCAGAGAAUGUAGAGUUGUCAAAAUCUAAGGGGAAGAAGCGUGUGACACUGAGCGACGAGGACGUGGCAUUUUCCGAGAAUCUGAGUUUGACGAAGAUCUCAACGUUGAGGCCGUGUCCGAGUGUUGCCAUGAAGCUUGAUAUUUUGGAUUCGAUAGACAUUUCGCCAGACGGUUCUGCUAUGAUGGAAGAGGCGUGGGAGAGGGUCAAGAAGUCCUACGUGUACUUCAAAGGACAGCCCGUGGGGACGCUCGCGGCUAUGGAUCCAAGCGCUGAGGAUUUGAACUACAACCAGGUUUUCGUGAGAGAUUUUGUUCCUAGUGGCUUAGCCUGCCUGAUGAAAAACGAACCUGAUAUUGUAAAACAUUUCCUUUUGAAGACCCUCCACCUCCAAGGUUGGGAGAAGAGGAUUGACAACUUCACUCUUGGAGAAGGGGUGAUGCCUGCAAGUUUCAAAGUUCUCUUUGACCCUCACCGUCAAAAGGAAAUUUUGGUCGCGGAUUUUGGUGGCAGUGCAAUUGGAAGAGUUGCACCAGUUGAUUCAGGUUUCUGGUGGAUUAUACUUCUAAGAUCAUAUACCAAGUGCACGCGUGAUCAUACACUAGCAGAUCGUCCUGAGGUACAGAGGGGGAUGAAAUUAAUACUCAAUCUUUGCCUGUCGGAUGGCUUUGAUACUUUCCCAACACUUCUAUGUGCAGAUGGCUGUAGCAUGAUUGACAGGAGGAUGACAUUGAUUGGCAAAGUUCCAGGCGUUAGGAAACCUUAG